AUGGCGGUGGCACGGAAAAUCAAAACUUUGUUGACGGUGAACAUCUUGGUCUUCGUGGGCAUCAUCCUCUUCUCCGUCUACUGCAGGAUCCAGGACCGCUCCCAGGAGCUGGUGCAGAUCGUCCGGAGCGCGGACCGCCGGGCCAGGAGCCGCGGCGCCAAGGUGGGCAGCCUGGCUGACAGGGAGUCCAUCCUGCAGCGCCUGGACCACCUGGAGGAAGUGGUCUACAACCAGCUAAAUGGUCUGGCAAAGCCCAUGGGAUUAGUUGAAGGUCCAGGAGGCUUGGGCCAGGGGGGAAUGGCUGCUACCCUGAGAGAUGAUAGCCAUGAAUCAGAGACUAAGUACGAAGAAUACGGUUACAACGCCCAACUCAGUGAUAGGAUAUCACUGGACAGGUCCAUCCCUGACUACAGACCAAAAAAGUGCAAACAGAUGACCUACCCAGAUGACCUGCCCCAGAUCUCCGUGGUCUUCAUAUUUGUAAACGAGGCACUCUCUGUCAUCCUGCGCUCUGUGCACAGUGUUGUGAAUCACACCCCAUCGCACUUGCUCAAGGAGAUCAUUCUGGUGGAUGACAACAGUGACAAUGUUGAGCUGAAAUUUAAUCUGGACCAGUAUGUCAAUAAAAGAUACCCAGGUCUGGUGAAAAUAGUGCGCAAUAACAAACGAGAAGGACUGAUUCGAGCCAGAAUCCAAGGCUGGAAAGCAGCAACCUCUCCUGUCGUCGGGUUCUUUGAUGCUCACGUUGAAUUCAACAUUGGCUGGGUGGAACCUGCACUUACCCGGAUCAAAGAAGAUCGAAAGCGGAUCAUCUUACCAGCAAUUGACAAUAUUAAGUACAACACUUUUGAAGUGCAGCAAUAUGCCAACGCAGCCCAUGGCUAUAACUGGGGCCUCUGGUGCAUGUACAUAAUCCCACCGCAGGACUGGCUCGAUAAAGGGGAUGAGUCAGCUCCCAUCAGGACACCAGCCAUGAUUGGAUGCUCGUUUGUAGUGGACCGAGAGUAUUUUGGUGAGAUUGGCUUGCUUGACCCUGGUAUGGAGGUCUAUGGAGGAGAAAACAUUGAACUAGGCAUGAGGGUCUGGCAGUGCGGAGGAAGCAUGGAGGUCUUACCCUGUUCUCGCGUGGCACACAUUGAACGCACAAAGAAACCCUACAACAACGACAUCGAUUACUAUGCAAAGCGCAACGCCCUGCGGGCCGCUGAGGUCUGGAUGGAUGACUUCAAGUCGCAUGUUUACAUGGCGUGGAACAUCCCCAUGGCUAACCCAGGAGUUGACUUUGGAGAUGUUUCCGAAAGAAUAGCUCUACGACAGCGACUGCAGUGCCGGAGCUUUAAGUGGUACUUGGAGAACGUCUAUCCUGAAAUGAGGGUUUAUAAUAAUACAGUCACUUAUGGAGAGGUGCGUAACAGCAAAGCUAGUGGCUACUGCUUAGAUCAGGGAGCCGAAGAGGAUGAUAAAGCAAUCCUUUAUCCAUGCCAUGGAAUGUCCUCUCAGCUCGUCCGCUACAGCUCAGAAGGCGUCCUGCAGCUGGGGCCGCUGGGCUCCACCGCCUUUCUGCCCGACUCCAAAUGCCUCGUUGACGACGGGAAGGGCAGGACGCCGACCCUAAAGAAGUGCGAAGAUGUCCUGAGGCCCGCGCAGAGGUUCUGGGAUUUCACACAGAAUGGUCCAAUCAUCAGCAGAGACACUGGCCGUUGCCUAGAAGUGGAAAUGUCAAAGGAUGCAAAUUUUGGGCUCAGAUUAGUCGUACAAAGGUGCUCGGGGCAAAAAUGGAUGAUUAGAAACUGGAUAAAACAUGGCCGCCAUUGACUGCUGGGGCUGAGACGCUGCCUCUCCUGCCGUUGUCCAUCGCUCAGUGUGCCAUAUCUUGCAAGGCAUUUGUCUUAAAGCAAACUAGUUUGAACAGGACUUGGCUUUCAAGAGUCCUCCACAGUUGGG